AUGGGCAGUCUGCCGCUUUCGCUGCUCAAGACGGCGCAGGGCCACCCCAUGCUGGUGGAGCUCAAGAAUGGCGACACGUACAACGGACACUUGGUCAACUGCGACACCUGGAUGAACGUCAACCUGCGCGAGGUUAUCUGCACGUCCAAGGACGGUGACCGCUUCUGGAAGAUGCCCGAGUGCUACAUCCGCGGCAACACCAUCAAGUACAUUCGCGUGCCCAACGAGAUUCUGGACAUGGUGAACGAGGAAGACUUCAGCAAGCGCGACCGCCAAGCCAACCGCGGACGUGGUCGUGGAGCUCGUGGCGGCUUCGGUGGCCGAGGAGGUCGCGGAGGCCGGGGCGGACGCGGCGGGCGUGGCGAUGGCCCUGGCGGCCGGGGCGGACGUGGUGAUGGAGGCCGCGGACGUGGCCGAGGUGGAGGUCGCGGUCGUGGCCGCGGGCGCGGCGGCGACAACUAGCUAGCUAGAUAACGAACAACGGAAGUGAGGAGUCAACAGGACAAGUACACUUG